AGAGUUUUCGAGCUUGGAUUGAGGGAGGGAGGGAAACCCAAGGGGUGGAAAGUGAGGAGCAAAUGGCCUCGCGAAGCGUUUGUUUUCCAAGAGAAAGAGAGAGAAAGAAGAAAACAAAAAAUAAUGACAGUGAUUAAACCCCACCGGGUUCGGGAUCAGCUCCUCCCUGGAUUUGGGAUGAGAAACACAAAACCGUGCUGGGGGGAAAAAAAAAAAAAGGGGAUUUAUUCUCUAAAUUCAACCUGUGCUGUCAGAGAGGGGAAGAAAUCGCAUUUUUGAAUUCCUGCCGCUGCUCUCAUCUGCUGGGAAUCUUUGCCCUGAAUUCCAGAGGCGCUGGGAGCUCCUGUGUAAACAAAAAAAGGGGAGACAAGUCUGCCAGGACAGCGUUACCUGGGGGAAAAACACGGAUUUUUGCUGUUACCUGGGGGGAAAACAUGGAUUUUUGUGGUUACCUGGGCGGAAAAACACAGAUCUUUGCUGUUACUUGGGGGAAAACACAGAUUUUUCUUGCUACCUAGGGAAAAAACAUGGAUUUUUGCUGUUACUUGAGAAAAAACAUGGAUUUUUGCUGUUACUUGAGAAAAAACAUGGAUUUUUGCUGUUAGCUGGGGGAAAAACACGGAAUUUUGUUGUUACCUGGGGAAAAAACAUGGAUUUUUGCUAUUACUUGAGAAAAACCUCGGAUUUUUGCUGUUACCUGGGGGAAAACAGGGAUUUUUGCUGUUACCCGUGGAAAAAACAUGAAUUUUUGCUGUUUGCAGCUCAAAAGCAAAGCAACCCUGGUGAUAAACCUUGAAUUUCUGCUGGUGGGAGGUUUUUGGGGGCUGCUCCGCGCGCGAUUUCAGUAGAAACAGCAAAUUUUGGUGGGUUUUGGUGGUUCUCCGUUCGUCGCUCCCGUUUUUGUGCUGGUUUGGGGUUUCUCCGGGCGUGCAAACGCGCCCCACGCCCCGCGGGGGACGUCUGUUUGUGCGUGGGGUGGGGGAUAAAUCCGGAAUAAAUCAACGUACGGAGCCGAACGAGCGGCGACAAAAAAGGCUCCGCCAGCCGCCCCGGAACUCCUCCAAAACCCAAACCGGGCCGGGGCUCGGCAGGGUGAAAUCUGGCGGCAGCAUCUGCUCCCCGCGCCGAUCCGCGGGACCCUAUUCAUGUCAGCGUCCUUUCAGGCGCCAAGAUGGAUUCCUGGCGCUGUCAUUGUGUUUUCUCUCCUAACCUUUCAGGUCAGCUCCCACCCGACAGCUGGAGAGGGGCCGUCACGUGGCCUCGGGGUGCCAAUGUUCUGCCAUAGGGGUGUCAAGACCCUGGUAGCCAAAAAAUCCCCGUCGGAAGAUGCAGAAGACCUCGUACUACGACGGCUCCACGCUCUUCGGGGGUUACUCCUACGGCAGCGGCGCCGCCGCCAAUGGAUUCGGCUACGAGGGCGCCCAGCCGCCGUUCCAGGCCUCUUCCCACGUGGAGAACGACUUCCAGAGGUCCUCCUGCUCCCUGCAGUCCCUCGGCAAGAGUAAGGAGCUCAACGGGAGCUGCAUGCGGCCCGGCGAGCCGCCGGCGUCGCCCAACGGCGGCAGCGCCGACGGCGGCAUCGCCCAGGCCGGCGCGGGGAAAAACGCGCCCGGUAAAUCCGGGCUGGGGCCCGGCGCCAGCAUCUCCAAGCAGAUCUUCCCCUGGAUGAAGGAGUCCAGGCAGAACUCCAAGCAGAAGAGCGGCUCGCCCAGCGCAGAAACCUGCGGCGGCGGCGGCGGCGGCGGUGAGAAAAGCCCCCCGGGCUCCUCGGCGUCCAAGAGGGCGCGCACGGCCUACACCAGCGCCCAGCUGGUGGAGCUGGAGAAGGAAUUCCACUUCAACCGCUACCUGUGCCGGCCGCGGCGCGUGGAGAUGGCCAACCUGCUGAACCUCAGCGAGCGCCAGAUCAAGAUCUGGUUCCAGAACAGGAGGAUGAAGUACAAAAAGGAUCAGAAAUCCAAAGGCGUGGGCGGCUCUUCCUCCGGCGGCCCUUCGCCGGCGGGCAGCCCCCCGCAGCCCAUGCAGGCCUCGGCGGGGUUCCUCAACGCGCUGCACCCCCUGAGCGGCGCCUACGAGGCGCCGUCGCCGCCUUCCUUCGGCAAACCCCCCCAAAACGCCUACGCCGUGGCCAACGCCGCCUACCAGGCGCCCAUGAAGGGCUGCCCGAGCCAGCAGAAGUACGCCGGGCCCGCGGCGGCGGCCGAGUACGAGCCGCACGUGCUGCAGGCCAACGGCGUGGCCUACGGGCCGGCCGGCGUGCAGGGCAGCCCCGCCUACGCCGCCGGGAACUUCGUGGACGCUCUGCCCGCCUCGGGCCCGGCGCUUUACGGCCUCAACCACCUCCCGCAGCACCAGGCCGCCGGCGUGGACUACGGCGGGGCGGCGCCGGGCCAGCCCCACGGACCGUGCGAGAGCCACGGCGCCUACGCCGAGCUGGCGCCGCACCACGCCACUUCUCAGGGCAGAAUCCAAGAGGCGCCCAAGCUCACCCACCUGUGAGGGGCGGCUGCUUUUGGGGGGAAAAACAGGCGGUUUGGCUUUCAGGGAUGGGUGCGUUGGGUUUCUGUCCCACCUCGCUGGGUUUGGCGGGGUUGCGGCACUCGGGGUUCUGGGGGUUGUGGCGAGCACAAAAUCCGACAGAUUUUGGUGGUUUUGCAAGGGAGGAACAUCCUGGGUUUUGACACGAAUGUUCUGAAAUGGGCUUGGGGUGGUUUUCUGGGAAUCCCGGAGGGUUGAAGUGGCCAAAUCCGUCAUUUCCAAGCCUGGAUCGUCACCGAUAAUUCCCGGAUGCUGGGAAGGAGGAGAGUCCGCCAGGCAAGUUUUGGCGUCUCUGCGUCCAAAAAAACCCCGAAGAGAUCCACCAGGAAGUUCCUUCUCCAGAUCCAGCUGUGCUUCCCUUCCCAGCCCUCAGGGAAGGGUUGUCCUUUUCCGCUGGCAAAGGGAGAAAUACAAUUUCCCACCGGAAAAGGGAGAAAUCCAAUUUCUCACCAGAAAAGGGAGAAAUCCAAUUUCCCACCGGAAAAAGGAAAAAUCCAGUUUCCGACUGGAAAAGGGAGAAAUCCAGUUUCCACUGGAAAAAGGAGAAAUCCAAUUUCUGACCAAAAAAUGGAUAAAUCCAAUUUCCACUGGAAAAGGGAUAAAUCCCAUUUCCAAUGGAAAAGGGAUAAAUCCAAUUUCCACUGGAAAAAGAGGAAAUCAAAUUUCCACUGGAAAAAUGGAUAAAUUCAAUUUCCCACUGGAAAAACGAGAAAUCCAAUUUCUGACCGAAAAAUGGAUAAAUCCAAUUUCCACUGGAAAAGGGAUAAAUCCAAUUUCCCACUGGAAAAGGAGGAAAUCCAAUUUCCACUGGAAAAAUGGAUAAAUCCAAUUUCCCACUGGAAAAAGGAGAAAUCCAAUUUCUGACUGGAAAAGGGAGAAAUCCAAUUUCCCACCGG